AUGGCUGCGAAUGCACGAUACCAACCCGCGCCUCAGCGAGACUCGUUUGAAGAGCCUGCUCAAGCUCCUCCGGCAUACGGCUCCUACGACUCUACUGCAGCCACUGAGCCGCGAUCUGAGGACGACAAUGUUCCAGAUGACUUCAAGUUCGGAGGAACUGUUGCGGAGGGCACCCUCCCCAUCCGGAUGCAGUUCAUCCGUAAGGUGUAUUCUAUCUUGACUGUCCAACUUCUCUUAACCACCGUUCUUAGCGGAAUCUCGUUUUUCAGUGACUCCUAUCGUACAUGGAUUCAGUCUCACUUCUCGCUCAUGAUCGGAUCUCUUGUUGGCGCUAUUGCUUUUAUGUUCCUCACCUACUGGAAACGCAAAAGCUACCCGGCCAAUCUUCUAUUCCUUUCUGGAUUUACCGCAUUGGAGGCAUACUCGAUCAGUGUCGUGACUUCGUACUACGAUGCACGCAUUGUCGUGCAGGCGCUCAUCAUCACCCUGGGCAUUUUCGUUGCCUUGACUAUUUUCGCCUGCCAAACCAAGUAUGACUUUACACACUGGAUGCCGUACCUGUGCGGGGGUCUUUGGUUGCUCAUAAUUUUCGGCUUCAUGGCUGCUUUCUUCCCGUACAAUAGCUCCGUCGAGCUUGUUUAUGGCGGUGUCGCGGCAUUGAUUUUCUCGGGUUAUAUUUUAGUUGACACCCAGCUGAUCAUGCGGCACUACCACAUCGAAGAGGAAAUUGCCGCUGCGAUUUCUUUGUACCUGGACAUUAUCAACUUGUUCCUCGCCAUACUGCGUAUCUUGAACUCGCAGCAGAACAACUAG